CGAUAGGUUGAUGCUAAAAAUUCAUUGUAGUGUUUCAAAAAUGUAAUUUUUUUCGUAUUAUGUUGAUUAAAAUGUGCAUGCACCUUCUUCGGUCAUUACUGGAUGCAUGAGUAGGUAAAUUAUGCAGUUCUUCAAGACUAAUUAUGAGUCAAACUGGUGCGAUUAAGUCAUCAAAGUUAUCACUUCGAGGGGAAUACGUCAACUCCUAACACGAAUUUCAAAACAUGAAAAAUGCAAUUUUCACUGACCCAGCGCACCACUUACUCACCCAAUUCCACAAUAAAUCAUAUCCAGGACUCAAGCAAUCCAUCAUCAGAUCAAUUAAAUAUACUGGUAGCAUUAAAGCAGCAAAAACUCGAUGAUUUUACCGCACUCAUUAAAUCCAGAGACAUCGACGUAAACUACUUCUACAGCGAUCCAGAAAAUGGAACUUUACUCGACAUUGCCUGUCGAUCCAGUGGCAAUAGCAAAUUCGUACAGGUCCUUUUACGACACAAAGUCAACCUGAACGUCAUUAACAAAGUCACAGGAUUGGCAGCAAUCCACGAGGCGGUCGCUAAUACCGACGAGGACACAUUGAAAGUGCUAAUCGAGUCGACAACCCCUGAAGGCUUCAUUUGCUCCCUAAAUACGCCAGAUAAAUCCGGCAAUACAGCUUUACACAUGGUUGUAAAGCAGAACAAGGUGAAAUUCAUGACAAUAUUGCUUCAAAAAUGCUGCCUAAGAAUCGAUAUCAAUCAAUCCACACGACAGAAUCCGACACCUUUGCAUUUGGCUUUGCUCGAGGGUAAUAUCGAGGCAGCCAGUGUAUUACUCGAAUACCCAGAGAUCGAUUUGGAUUUCCAGAAAGAUUCUCAAGGUAGGACAUGUCGUCAAAUUAUACAAGAAGAAUAUCCGCAAUUGGCUGAUAAAUUAUCCAGUUUGAGAUCCAGUUGCAAAGUCGAGUCGAUUUUAUUCUCGUUGAUAAUUCGUCGAGAAACUAAACCAUUCAUCGAGCUCGCUUCUCAAGUAGACGUGGAACUCUUGGAUGAGAACUACGAUCAUCAAACCUUCUUGCAUUACGCUUGUCAAUACGGAUGCGCCGACGUGGUCGAUAUGCUGCUGGAAAAACAAGUCGACAUCAAUAAGAAAUCCAUCGCUGGGCAUACCCCAAUAAUGCUCGCUGCCAAGCAUGGCCAUUACGACAUUUUUAUGAGGUUAUUGACCCAUCCAGAGAUCCGUUUACAAGUCGAAGGAAUCGAAUCAGUGUUGCAUACCGUGAUUCUGGAUAUGUUCUCUCAUAGUUACAAUUCCAGGCGGGAGCACUACAGGUAUUUGGAGCUAUUGCUCAACGAAGCUAUACCUCGAGGCAAAUUGGAUAUAAAUUUUGUCGAUCGAGAUGGUUGGACACCUCUUCAUUACGCUGUAUGGUUAAAUGAUCAACGAGCAGUAGACCUGCUGAUUCGAGCAGGUGCCAACUUAUGCCAGAGAAAUCCCAAAGGAGAAGUACCUUUGACAUCUAUCAAAGCUGCAGCUCUGACCGACCUACUGGACUCUUGUAUCUCAUCCAGUAACGAGUCAGCAUUCGCCGGAGACUACGAGAUCACAUUCGAUUAUAAAAUCCUGACUCAACGAAGCAGCAAUGAUAAAACUGCGGAUGAACGAGAGAUGGCAUUUUUUUCCAUUCUUAAAAGUGCUCCAGAAUUGAGGAAACUUCUCAUACAUCCAAUUUUGAAAAGCUUUCUGCACAUGAAAUGGUAUCUCGUGAAGAAAUACUACAUUAUCCAUUUCUUCUUCUUUUUAACAUUUUCCUCGAUGCUGAGCUGGUAUAUCAUAAUUCUCAACACUAAUGAUGUCUCAAAACAGCCAAGCCCAAGUUACACAAUUUUUGUAUUUUCUGUGUUACUCAUCCUGUACUUCAUGCUAGUCUUGAGAGAAGUACUCAAGCUGUGUAUUUCUUUCGCGUUUUUCAUAAAAUCUCCUGAAAACUGGAUGAGGAUAGUUUUGAUCUUCACGACUUUUCAAAUAGUUACCAUUGAAAAUCCACAACUCGGAUGGAGAGUAUCUGCUGCUAUUGCGAUGUUAACCUCGUGGAUGCACAUGAUGCUUUUAAUAGGCAAACAUCCUGAUUUCUCCACUCAUAUAGAAAUGUUCAAAAGGGUCGCUUUGAACUUCUUCAGAUACCUGCUUCCAUUUUCCAUUCUAAUUUUAGCGUUUGCAUUCAGCUUCCAUGUGUUAUUGGCAGAUGAUGAGAAUCCUCAGGGUGCUAAUACCGAAGUAUUCAACGAUCUUUUCCUGAAACUUUUCAAAAUGAUCAUAAUGUUGACGGGUGAAAUAGAUUCUCAAUUCGUUUCACCCAAAGCCGAUACAAAUACGAGUAUCAUCACAGACUCUAUGAAUAUCACGAGCUGUGCAGACCAAUCACCUCCCACCUCACAAAAAAUCACCAUCAAACAUCUCUUCUUCGUUUUGUUCAUCUUUCUCAUCAGCAUUGUACUCUACAAUCUUCUGAAUGGUUUAGCCGUCAGUGAUACCAAAGCCAUCAGAGAAGACGCCGAAUUAAUCGGUAUCGUAUCCCAAAUUGAAUUCAUCUCAUUCUUGGAACUUUUCCUCACCAUUCGAAAUCGUAACCCGUUCGAAAUGCUGAAUCGUUUCAUUCCCAAUUGUGGAGGACCUGCGACGUUUUGCCAAAAAAUGCGUUUACUUUACUCCUACGUUGGAUUAUAUCGUCACGAUAUAACUUUAUUUCCUGAGUCGUCGUCAGAUACGUGUGUUCGAGUUCUUCCUUAUCGUAGUAAUGCGGUUGUGUUUCCAGAAGAUGACAAUAGCAUGUGUAACAGGGCUUUGAAAUCACAUCGUUGGAAAAUGGAUCCUUCGAUUAUAAGACAAGCGGUGGAAAUAUUGGAAAAACGUGAUAAUCUCAAUCAAACGGAUCAUCUUGGUCAAUGUUUGCAGCUGAUACAGAAACAACAGACGAAAUUUCAAGAUAUUGAAAAAGCCAUUCAACAAGUUUCCUCUCAGUUGAAUAAUUUGAAAAGUGAAAUCGAUGAACGAUUUGCAAGGCUUGGUAAUCAAUGAAAAAUUUUCUCGAAUGUACUUAUUUUGAAUUAAAAAUGUCAAGUUAGAUACCAAUGUACUUACCUGUGAAUUUUCUAAUAUUUAAAAUUAAAAGUUGUUAUUAUUGAGG